AUGAAAACUUUGCUACAUUUCUUCCUUUCCUUGAUCACACUCUGGGUCAGUAUCAUCAUCCCAGCAGUUCACAGCCAGUGUAUUAAAGACCAGCAACUAUCAUUGCUCCAAUUCAAGAAAAGCCUCGUGUUCGCUGCUGAUUUCGGUCCUUCCACCAAGAUUGUUUCUUGGAAUGCAAGUACUGAUUGUUGUUCCUGGGUCGGCGUCACUUGCAGCCGUAAUGGGCGUGUUCUGGGUCUUGACAUAAGCAGCCAAGGUAUCUCAGCUGGAAUUGACAAUGCCAGCAGUCUCUUCCAUCUUCAUUAUCUUCAAAGCCUCAAUCUGGCGGACAACCAACUUGGCAAUUACUCUCAAUCAAUUCCAUCCGCCAUAGGAGAUCUCCUGAACUUGAGGUAUCUGAAUUUAUCUCUUAAUGAUUAUUCAGGGCAAAUUCCCAUCCAGAUUUCUCGCUUGAGGAGGUUAGUAGUUCUUGAUUUUUCUAACAAUUAUGGUGGGUUAAACCUUGGUAGUCCAAAUUUACCCAUGUUGGUUCACGACUUCACAGAGCUUAGAGAGUUAUAUCUUGAUGGUGUCCUAAUAUCAGAACAGGGGAUCAGUGAGUGGGGCCGAGCCAUAUCAUCUUCCAUUCCCAACCUCAGGGUCCUGAGCAUGUUCAAUUGUCAUCUCUCAGGCCCUUUUCUCGAGUCUCUUGCCAAGCUUCAGUAUCUAUCUGUAAUUAGUUUGCCAUUGAACAAUAUCUCUGCGCCAGUUCCAGGAUUCUUUGCCAACUUUUCAUACUUGACUGUCCUGAGUCUCCAGAGAUGCUCAUUGCAUGGAACAUUUCCCAAAGAGAUCUUUCAGUUACCUUGUCUACAAAGUAUUGACCUUUCCUUGAAUGACCAACUUGAUGGUUCCUUGCCAGAAUUCCCAAGGAAUGCAUCUCUUCAGUACCUGGAUCUAACCGGGACAAAUUUUUCAGGGUUAUUACCAAAUUCUAUUGGCAACCUCAAAAUGCUGUCCACCAUACAUAUUCAAGGCUGCAAUUUCACCGGACCGAUCCCCAAGUCAAUGACAAACCUUACACAAUUGAUUUAUUUGUUGAUGUCUUAUAACAAUUUGGAAGGUUCAAUUCCGUCAUUCAGUUGGGCCAAGAAUGUUGUCAGCAUAGACCUUUCCCACAAUGGUCUAACAGGUACUAUUAGUUCCACCCACUGGAGAAACCUUACUAAGCUAUCUUAUCUCAGUUUGGGAUCCAAUAAGCUCAAUGGGAAUAUCCAAGCAUCUCUGUUUUCUAUUCCCCUAUUGUCUAGUCUAGAUCUUUCCAGCAACCAAUUCUCUGGUCCAUUCCCUGAAAUUUCAAAUGUGUCUUCCCACUUGCUGAAUGGUCCUUAUCUUGAUCUUUAUUUGAGUAGCAACAAUCUCCAAGGGCCACUACCUAUGUCUCUCUUUUGUUUGCUACGUCUCACCACUCUAGAUCUUUCUUCAAAUAAUUUAAGUGGCUCGUUUCCUCUUGAUCGUCUACACCAACUGAGAAAUCUUUCUAUGCUUGAUCUUUCACACAAUAACUUGUUUCUUACCCAUGAUUAUACCAAUUUCUCAUAUUCCUCAUCUUCUCAACUCGGUGACUUGAGGUUGGUGUCAUUGAAAUUGAGAACAUUUCCUAAUUUCUUGAGAAAUCAAUCUUACUUGUACAGUUUGGACCUUUCAGAUAACCAGAUAAAUGGCAAGAUACCCAUCUGGAUUUGGAGUCUUAGUGAUCUUAGUUACCUAAAUCUUUCUUGCAACUCCCUAGAUUCUCUAGAAGUUCCUUCAAACAAUCUCGGUAACUUAAGGUACCUUGACCUCCAUUCCAACCAGUUUCAUGGGCAAAUCCCAAUUUUUCCAACACCUUUCAGUGCCUAUUAUCUAGAUUUCUCAAGGAAUUAUUUCAGCUCUAUCAUAUCGAGUACCAUUGGAGAUAUGUUUCUUGAAGCUGGAUUCUUGUCGCUUUCGAGCAAUAACCUCAGUGGAAUCAUUCCAGAAUCAUUAUGCAAUUCAGAAUCUCUUGAGGUUCUUGAUCUGUCCAAUAAUUCUCUGAGUGGCACGAUUCCCCAGUGUUUAGCUACAAUGAAGACGCUUGCAGUACUCAAUGUAAGGAGAAACAAUCUUACAUAUGUUAAUGAAUUCUCUCAGAAUUGCAGUUUAAAAACUCUGGACAUCAGUGGAAAUCAGAUUCAAGGCCAGUUUCUAAAAUCUCUUGUCAACUGCACCCAGUUAGAGGUUUUAAACCUCGGAAACAAUCUGAUAACUGAACCAUUUCCAUGCUUUUUGAGGAACACAUCCACCUUGCGUAUCCUUGUCUUGAGAUCCAAUAAAUUCUAUGGGCAUAUUGGAUGUCACAAGACUGAUGGCACUUGGCCAGUACUUCAAAUCAUAGACCUAGCUCACAACAAUUUUAGUGGUGAAGUACCUGGAACAACUUUGACAACUUGGCAGGCGAUGAGGACUAGCAAAGAUAAUACCCCAUGGAAGAUCGAUUGCCUUUCCUGUGCCAAUGAAUAUUAUCAUCAAGAAAUCACGGUUACCGCCAGAGGUUUAGAGAUGCACCUAGUGAAUGUUUUAAAUAUCUUCACCUCCAUUGACUUCUCGUGCAACAAGUUCAAAGGAUCAAUACCGAAGGAAAUUGGAGAACUCAAAUCAUUAUAUGCCCUCAACUUGUCCAACAAUGCUUUCACAGGUGCAGUUCCAUCAUCAUUAAGUAACUUGAGUGAGCUAGAGUCUUUGGACCUCUCGAAAAACAAACUGAACGGUCAAAUCCCACCGGAGCUUACAAAACUCACUUUCCUUGCAUUCUUGAAUCUCUCAUAUAAUCAAUUGGACGGGAGGAUACCAAGCGGUGCUCAAUUUUCAACAUUUGAUGCAGCUUCCUUCGAAGGCAACAAAGGAUUAUGGGGGCCUCCUUUAACAGCAGAUAAUAACACAGGGUUCUCACCACCAAAGCAGGAAGGCAACCAUUCAAAUCCAGGACAUGAGAUUGAUUGGGAUAUUAUCUGUCCUGAAAUUGGAUUUACUUGUGGGUUUGGCAUUGUCAUCGGGUCACUUUUGUUUUGCAAGAGAUGGAGGAAAUGGUAUUACAGAGCUAUGUAUAACAUGCUUCUAAAGAUAUUCCCUCAGCUGGAACAAAGAUUUGGUCAUCACAGGAGACAUGUUUAUGUACAUCAGAGAUACUGGAGACGUUGA